AUGGUUUCUACCCCCACAAUUUCCCGCCAGCGUCCUGGAUCCGCCUGCGAGGAAUGCCGGCGUCGUAAGGUCCGCUGUGACCGGCGUCGUCCGCAGUGCCAGGUCUGCUUCGAGACGGGCAUCGAGUGCAAGAUCAACACCACUCGACUGCCUCGCGGGCCCCGUAAGGGACAAUUACGCACUCUCCGCACGCGGAUUGCUGCUCUGGAACGAUGUCUGGCUGACCAACAUCCUGAAAUCAACCACCAAAUGGCCAGUCUUUUCGACGGCUCCAUUAUCGACUGCGACAGUGAAGAGGAUCCCCUGCGGGACCUGCCAUCGCUGCCCGACUCGCUGCCAGUGAUGCCCGACACAUCCGAUGACCAGCGCAGCUCGAGAUCCCCGCGUUCGCCCGGAUCCCCCAACCGUCCCACUGGGCUGGUCUCGGAUCUGAUGCGAGCCGAUCUGGACCAACUCUACUUCGACCGGGUGCACCCGUUCGCCCCCAUCCUGCAGCGCUGGCGCUACCAUGUGUGGGCCAAACAGCCCAAGAAGACCGAGGCACAGACCUGUCUCCAGUACGCCAUGUGGACGGUCGCUGCCAGUCUGUCGGCCCAGUUCCAGUCGCUCCGCGACCGCCUGUACUCGGAGACGCGGCGCAUGCUGGACGCCCUGGACCUGCAGGGUCCGAAGACCGAGGCGCCGGGCAUCGAGCAGGCGCAGGCGUGGGUCCUGGUGUGCAUCUACGAGUACAUGCAGCUGUCCCCGCUGCAGGCGUGGAUGAGCACGGGACGGUGUUGUCGACUGGUGCUGGGGAUGCGGCUGUACGAGCUGGACGAUCCCAACAGCCCCGUGACAAUGGCACGCGAGCAAGAAGCAGUCCUGGUGGAUUGGAUCGGGCUGGAGGAGCAGCGCCGGACAUUCUGGAUGGCCUACAGCCUGGAUCGCUUCAUCAGUUUUCACAACGGGCUCCCGUUUACUUUAAAUGAGCAAUUGAUCACAACUCGCCUCCCCAGCCCGGAAGAAGACUUCCAAUCGGGCCAGCCCAUCCUCACAUCGUAUCUGUCGGAACUCAUGACCCUCCCCACCAACACCACCACCACGCCCUCCCCCUUUCCCCUCGGUCGCGCCCUCACCCACCGCCAAACCCUCGCCGUCGAACAACUCCACCCCCAAAGCCUCGACAUCUUCUGGACCCGCCACACCUACCUGCACGACCUCCUCACCCACCGCAUCCAAAUCCUCAACACCUACCCACACGUCGACCCCAUGCUCAUGUUCGCCCGCAUCGUAGCCCAAAGCAUGGUUCUGUUCCUGCACAGCGUGCUAGAAAGCAUCGCCUGGAAAACCGGCGAUCAUCUACUCGGCAUCAUUGAGUUCGAGCGGGUAUGCGUCCUGGCGGCCCAUGACGUGGUGGCGUUGGUAAAGAUGCAGGGGAGUUUAGGGUAUUUCAAAGUACAUCCCCUCACCCCGAUUCCGUUAAUGAUGUGCUCCGAGUUCUUCUCGGCGCAUGGCUAUCUGGAUCCUUCGUUUGAUGUCAUGUUGCAAGAUUUGGUCGAGUGUUUGCAGGAUUUGGAAAGGGUGAAGAAUCCGGUGCAGAGUCCGACCUUGUCGGUGCAAUAAUCGUUCUAAUCUGCCAAUGGCGGGUGGAGUUUGCUUCGGCGCGUUUUUGGAUUGGGGUUUUGGGUUUGGGUCGUCUGGGUUCUCAUGGUUGGAAGGAGUGGCGAUUGGAUUGGAUUGGAUCGGGGUUUGGCACAUUCGUUUGGGAUCUUGGUGAUUUGUUGGAUUUUCUUUUUGUCUCAAUUUUCUGGGUUAUAAUGUUGGCUAUCCUUGGUGAUGACCACUUAUCUCACCCAGAGAUAUCGGAUGUGAUGGGACGGUCAUUAGUGAUGAUGAUGAAGACAUCACACUUUGACAUGAUCCGUGCUGGUUCAUGGGCUCUACAUAAAACAUAAUCUAAUC